GCCUUCGGUUGCAAUCUUGCAUGUUACUAGACCGGUUGGGUUAACCGGAGCCUGGUGCGCCGAGGCUCAUUUGUGACGCAUUUAUCAUUGUAAGUAAUUGUGAAUUAGCGUACACGACGUCGAAUAUCGCGCGGCGAUCUCUCGCGAAUUGAUCAUGCUGUUCUACUCCUUCUUCAAAUCCUUGAUCGGAAAGGACGUGGUGGUCGAGUUAAAAAAUGAUCUCAGUAUCUGCGGCACGUUAUAUUCCGUCGAUCAGUAUCUAAACAUAAAACUGGCCGACAUUAGCGUUACUGACUCGGAGAAGUAUCCUCAUAUGUUGUCGGUGAAGAAUUGCUUUAUCCGUGGAUCCGUGGUGCGAUACGUACAGCUCCCAGUGGACGAAGUGGACAUCCAUCUCUUGACCGAGGCGGCGCGGAGGGAAGCGAUGACUGCUCAAGCAAGAUAGCUCCUAGUUUUACUAAACGUACUGCUUAUAUUAAGAAUCCGCUUCCUCCCUUUGGUCAUAACAUACGUUUCUUAUUUACGAUCAUAGAAAUAAUAUAUGGAAUCGUUUCACGUAAGUUUCAUGCUUUAUUCAUACAAGAUUUUUUUUUUUACAAAUGUGGAUAAUGUAACAUUCUUCUCUCUCUAUAUAUAUUUUUUUUAUUCAGUUAAAGUGAAAUUUUUUUGUAACAAAAUAGGUGUCUCACAUUUAUUCGUGGGGUUUUCUUUGUUAGACUUGCUUAGACUUUAUCUUCAAGUAAGUAUCAACGUGAUGUAAAAAAAAACUAAUACAACAUCUACUUUGU